AUGAGGGGAACCAUAAGCAUAUGUAGAAUGUUGAGAACUUUUUAUGCGAAACCAGAAUGUUCCACGAAAAAGAUUCAAACUUCACUCUCUUCAACUCAUUCCAAAUGGUGGGCACCUUCUCCCUACUCCACCACCGCCAUCACCUCCAACGCCAACGGCGACCCCGCAACACCGUCAAAGCUUCUCGUCGUUCAACCCCGUCUCCGCUCAAUGAAGCACUCUGCCUCGCCAAUUCACUCGAAGAACAACGUGAUGGGUAUUUCCACACUGAUUUCUUUGAUAAGCCUUUGCCCCCUCACCUCCUUGUUCAGAAUCCUUCUGUCAAAGGCCAUAACGGUGGUCGUGGUGGCUUGGUGCGGUGGGUCGUUCAGCGUUGAAAUGAGAGCCUCGGUUGACGGAGAUAAAGGUUGUGGCAAUUCGCGUUUCUUACAAACUCAAAACGUGAAUCGCCCCUGGAUCCGCCCUCACCACCACAUGUCGCGUCCGUCGUCGUCCUAAACAACCGAAGAGCCUUGAUGGGGGUACGUUCCAGUUGCUCAGUUAUGUGGGUUUUCUGGGUUUUGAUUUGUGUGGGUUAUGAAUCUGGAUUUUGUGGAUUACAUGGAUCUGAGUUUUGAAUCUGGGUUAUGUGGCUUUUGAAUCUGGGUUUUGAAAAAGAUUCAAUUGAUUUGGGUUAUGUGGAUUCUAUGGAUUUGGCCAUUGAGUUUCUAACUUGAAUUUGGGUUGUUUUCUGGGUUUUCAAUGUUUGGCCAUUCUUGAUUUUUUUCAUUUUCUGGGUUUGAUGAUGAGUUUGAAGAUGAAGAUGAAGAUGAUUGAAGAAGGAUGAAGGGGAAGAAGAUGAAGAUAAAAAUGAUUAAGACAUUUGAGUUUUUGUAUUUUAUAACUUCAAUAAAUAUUGUAAUUUAUAACUUUAGGCAGGUCUGAAGUGUAGGAUGGAUGGUAUUAUGUCAUGGAUGAGGAAAAAAUUGAUAUGUUGGGUGCUGAAGAAAUUUUGUUAGGCGCAUAUAAGAUGGUCAUGGUUGCUGAAAUCGUGGAUAUGGUUCUAAGUACCUUGUUAGGCGUGGAUAUGGUUCUAAGUACUUUGAACAAUUUUUGAAUUAAUUAAUAAUUUUAUUUAAUUUAGUUAUUAAUUAUUUAUGUGGAAAUAUAAAUAAAUAAAAAUGAUGUGGAUAAUGCCAUGUCAUCUAUGGCCCGCCACUCAACACUCUUGCCGGAGCUCCGCCCUCCGGUGAGGACUAGAACCAAAAUUCUUGCAACUACAGGGAGAUAUCGGCUAGUUUUUUCCGGGGAGGGACUAAAAUCAAAAGUCACUACAAACACAGGGACCAAUUUGACCAUUAACCCUCAUUACAACUACAAGUCUACAACCAGCCACAGCGAAGAGAGCUGAAUUUGCCACCCCAACCAUUAGAUUUCACACCCCCAAUUUUCGGAUUUUUAAGUUCCGAAUUAUUUCGGAAUCUUAGAUUCCGAAAUUAAUUCGUGAUUUGUAGUGCAAAAUGCAUGUAACACCCAAAUUUUGAGUGAAAAAAUUCUUCGGAAACCUUAUUUCCGAAAUAUUUCGGAAACUUAAUUUUCGUAAGUGGGGUGACAUUUCUAAUAAGUGGGGUGUCAAAUCUAAUGAUCCACACCGAACUCUCCUCUAACAAUCAAAACUCAAAACCAAACUGCUCAGAUAACGAAUACUAACCAUUCAAGUUUACCACUGUCACCGGAAUCACUUCCUCUUCCUCUUCGCCGCCGCCGGCAAGGCUGGCUGCACCCUCUCACUCAGUUCACUUCCCCCCACCUUCACCAUUGACCCAGAUAUGACAGUGGAGCUCCUCGUCUCUGCUUCUUCCGACGCCACCGGCAAGAAUGAGGAGGGCAUCAACGACCACAACAUCGUCCUCAAAUGGGCUGAAUUGAAAUGCAGAACGCCGUUUCUGAAGGGAUGAUUCUCAAGUCUUACAGAGCGUUGUUAACGAUGUAAUGCAAAAGCUGCAGCUGAGGUACCCUAAAAAUCUGGAAGGCCUAGUUGGAAUUGAGGAACAAUGUGAAGCUGUUGAAUGUUUAUUGGGAAAAGUUGGAAGAAUUGGAGUUUGGGGCAUGGGGGGAACAGGUAAGACAACCAUUGCUAAAGUCUUGUUUGCCAAACACUUCCCACAAUAUGACAGUGCAUGCUUCUUGCAAAACGUAAGAGAAGAAUCAGAAAAGCACGGACUAACACAUAUCCGUGAUAAUCUUCUCUCGGAGUUGCUAAAAGAACAAGUUACAACAUCCAACUUCUUUGGAUCCACAUUUGUUGAGAGGAGGCUUAGUAGUAGAAUAGUUUUUAUUGUGGUUGAUGAUGUGGCUAGUUCUGAGCAAUUAGAAUAUUUGUGUGCAGAACUCGGUGAGUUGGGAGAAGGUAGCACUCUGAUUGUAACAACAAGAGAUAAACAUUUGCUUGAUGGAAGAGUUGAAGAAAUAUACGAGGUCAACCCCUGGGACUUUGAAAAAUCGCUUGUGCUCUUCAGCUUAGCUGCCUUCAAGAAAAGGGAGCCUGAAAAGGGUUACGAGGACAUCUCUCGAAGGGCAGUUGAAUAUGCAGGAGGCAUUGCAUUAGCUUUGAAAGUUUUGGGUUCUCAUUUUCUUUCCAGAAGUACUAGAUUCUGUGAAGCUGAAUUGAAUUAUAUGAAGAGAAGUAAGGAAUCCCUUAAGAAAAUUCAAGAACUGUUGCUAGUGAGCUAUAAUGGAUUGUCAGGGCGAGAGCAGGCAAUAUUUCUGGACAUUGCUUCCUUUCUCAAAGACGAAAAUGAAGAUUCCGUCAUAAGGAUACUAGAUGCAUGUGGUUUCAACGCUACUAGUGGAGUGGAAAUACUUAAAGAUAAAGCUCUAAUAAGUAUAUCAAAGACCAAUACUAUACAAAUGCACGACUUGCUACAAGACUUGGCUUUGGAUAUAGUUCGAAAUGAUGUAAGAGGCAGCCGAUUGAGGGAUAUUGAACAAAUUCGUGAUGUGCUUGAAAAUGAUAAGGGAAUUCCUGAAGUUGAAGGAAUAACUUUAGAUUUGUCUCAGGAAGUAGAUUUGCAACUGAGUGCUGACAUAUUCAACAUGCCUAAAUUAAGAAUUUUUAGACUAUAUGUCCCUGCGGGUAAGCAGAAAUUAGCCAAUGUGCUUUACAAUCCUGGAUUCCUCCAAAACCAUAAGCGAGGUUCUGCUGGAUUGAAGUAUUUUGAGUGGAACAGAUACCCUUCCAAGUCUCUUCCACCAAAUUUUUGUGCUAAGUUUCUUGUCGCAAUUCGCAUGCUGCACAGUGAUAUUGAAGAACUUUGGCCCGGGACGCAGGAUCUGGUGAAUCUAGAGACAAUUGACCUGAGUGAAUGCAAGCAGUUGGUGAAGCUCCCUGAUUUGUCUAAAGCGUUAGAACUCAAAUGGGUUUAUCUAUCCGGAUGUAAAAGUUUGUGUGUGGUUCAUCCAUCGCUUUUAUCUGUGGACACACUAGUUACUUUGAUACUGGAUAGGUGUGAGAAACUGAAGAGUCUUAUAAGUGAAAAGCAUUUAAGGUAUCUGAAGGAGCUCAAUGUGGAUGACUGUUCAAGCCUAGAGAAAUUUGCAAUGUCGUCCGAUUCAAUUAAAAGGCUUGAUUUGAGCAAGACAGGAGUUAAAAAAUUGUACCCAUCAAUCGGUCAUCUAAGCAAGCUUGAGUGGCUCAAUCUAGAAAGUUUGAGACUGGAGAAUCUUCCUAAUGAGUUGUCGCACCUGACAUCUCUAAAGGAGCUGAGGAUUUCUAACUGCGGAGUAAUUGAUGAAGAGAAUCUACAUGUUCUGUGUGAUGGCUUACUAUCCUUAAAAUUACUACAUCUAAAGGACUGUUACGAGCUGUUUGAACUCCCAGACAACAUCAGUGCCUUGUCAUCAUUGCGAGAAUUAAGGCUCGAUGGAAGUAGUGUGGAGAAGUUGCCUACAAGCAUCAAGCUUCUUGAAAAACUGGAGAUUCUCACCUUAGUGAAUUGUAGGAAACUGGAGUUUCUACCUGAGCUCCCGUUGUUCAUCAUAGAGCUUAACGCUGUCAACUGUACUUCAUUAGUGGCGGUAUCUACUUUCAAGACCUUUGCAGUCCAGAUGAAAGGGAAGGAGAAACACAUAUCAUUUAUGAAUGCAAUGAAACUAAAUGAAUCUACGCUCCUCCAGAUUAUGGAAGACGUCAUGUUCACAAUGAAGAGUGCUGAAAUGCAAAAUAUAUACGUAAAUAAGUUCAGAUUGAAUGUCGACAAUUUCAUUCCUAAUAGUGUUGUGGUUUGCUUACCAGGAAGCAGUGUCCCCUCCGGCUCAGGGCAAGGGUCGUUCGCAUAUCGAACCAGAGGGUCCUCAAUUACCAUUGAACCUCAUGAUGGAAGUUUGUCCAAGUGUCUAGGCACCAUUUAUUCUGUGGUUCUUUCUGCAUCCCCUGGAAUCAAGGGGCAUGGUGCUAAAAUCCAAUGCCGAAUCUACAGGAAAGAUGGGGAAUGCAAGACCACAUGGUAUGGCAAAGACAUCAGUGAAUUUGAUUCAGAUCAUGUUUUCGUAUGGCAUGGUUCAAGUUUCGAUGAUGCAAAAGUUUUUGAGUUCUUUGUUACAACUGAUAGCGGGGAAAACAAUGACCAGAUCAAAAUAAAAGAGUGUGGGGUUCACCUGAUGAGUUGCUCGAAUUCUGAGCUUCAGAGUUUCUUAUGGGAAGCACCGGAAUUGGAACCGGAGGUCAAGUCGGAGUUGGGAGUGAAGCUGCAAUUGCACUUGGACUUGCAGUUGGACUUGGACCCUGUGCAUGAAGCUUUUAUGGAAUUGGCGCAUGAUGGAGUAUAAUACAGACGUGGCUACUUUGCAGAGGAGCUGGAGAUGCAAAUAGCUGAGUUAGAAAUGAGAGAGAGAAAGGGAGAAAGAAAGAGGCGGGCAGUAGUAUGAAGCAGUGUCCCAGAGCAAGGGUCGGUCACAUAUCGAACCACAAGGUCCUCAAUUACCAUUGAACCUCCUAUCGAUCCUUUGUCUCCCUGGCUAGGCACCAUUUACUCUGUGGUUCUUUCUCCAUCCCCUGGAAUGAAGCAGCAUCGUGCUAAAAUCCAAUGUCGAGCCAAGUUUCUGGACGAAGAAUACACUACAUUUUAUGACAAAGACAUCGAAGAAUUGUAUUCGGAUCAUGUUUUUUUAUGGCAUGGUUCAGGUUUCAAUUAUGGAAAAGUUCAUUUUGAGUUCUCAGUUACAACUGAUAGCCAGGAAGACGAUGAACUGAUCAAAAUAAAAGAGUGUGGGGUUCACCUCAUAUGUUUCUCAGAUUCUGAUCUUCACAGUUUCGUACGGGAAGCACCAGACUUGGAACCGCAGUUAAAGUUGGAGUUGGGAAUGAAGUAUCAGUUGUUGUUGGACUUGCUGCAGGGUUAUAAGAGAAUUAGCACACUGCAUAGAGCCGUAGAUUAUGGAAUGCAUUGGAAUAUGGACGUGAAUUGGAUAAUGAACCAUUGAAAUUAGAGUUAAAAUCACGUCGUCAAGCAGUUUUAACAUUAGUUAAGACGGAAGAAGGCAAUGCCAAAAGAACCCAGAUACCGAAUCAUCAUUAGUUAAUGUAACAUGCUAUGUGUUUCUUUCUUCCUCAUAUUUUUUGGUCAACUCUUUCUUUCUUCUUUCAGUCCAUUUGCUGGGGCUUCUGCAAACUUGCUUCAAUCGAGUUGCUGGGGCUUCUGCGAACUUACUUGUGAGUCAGGAAUAACAUGUCAUGAUUCUUUCUCCCAUCUAACUGAAAUUAAUAAAGAUA